GCAAGUCAGCAUGUUUCACACACGGAGCUUUGCAAGCUGGAGACUGUAGUCCUGUUCAGCCAAGAGCCACAAGCCCGGGUGACUACACCACGUGGACAAGGACCACAUAGUCCAGCAUGACUUUCUACUCCUGCUUAUUUAUCCUGUGGUUACUGGGUGAACUGAGGCGGCGACCAAUCGGAUGGUAAUCUUUUAAAUCUGACACUUAAUUAGUCAUCUAGUUCAGAGGAACAGUUUCGGAUUUACUAAAUUGCACCUGCUGGUUUUGGACCAAUAAUCUGGGAUUGUCUGGGAUUUGUCAGCGCCACAGGUACAAAAAUUCAAUUCUGUGCCCUACUUAAUUCAUUUGUCUGUAAUGUUAUUUUAACACAACUUGUAUAUGCCCCAAUGAUCAUCAACAAAAUGAAGAUGUUCAUCUUUGCUAUUCUAAGGACUGCUACUGGACAUGCAACCGGGGGUCUGUAUGCCCACUGCAGCUGCGCUCGGCCUGUUUUGCCGAGGUUGUCUCAGCAGGGCACGAAGUUUUCCCGGUGGCGGCCUGAGCUGUUUGCCCAGGCAGAUGAGCACAUGGAACAGCCUGGAGACCUGCAGCACCUCACCUACUCAGGAAAAGCCCUGUAUCCUCAUUACAGGUGGCCUCGGGCAGUUAGGUGUGGGACUGGCACAGAAACUGAGGAAACAGUACGGAACCGAGAAUGUGAUCCUGUCAGACAUCAAGAAGCCUUCCCCUCAUGUGUUCAACAGUGGUCCAUUUGUGUACGCUGAUGUGUUGGACUACAAACAUCUCAGAGAGCUGAUCGUAAAUUAUCGGGUCACUUGGCUGAUUCACUACAGCGCUCUGCUUAGUGCUGUGGGCGAAGCUAAUGUGGCUCUGGCACGCCAGAUCAACAUCACAGGCCUUCAUAAUGUGCUGGACUUGGCCCUGGAGAACUCCCUGCGCCUCUUUGUCCCCAGCACCAUUGGAGCGUUCGGUCCCUCUUCCCCGCGUGACCCGGCCCCUGACCUCUGUGUCCAAAGACCUCGAACCAUCUAUGGCGUGUCCAAAGUGCACGGAGAACUGAUGGGGGAGUAUCUCUAUCAUAAAUAUGGUCUGGACUUCCGCUGCCUACGGUACCCAGGUGUGAUAUCAGUCAGCACCCCGCCCGGAGGAGGAACAACAGACUAUGCCGUUCAAAUCUUCCACGAUGCCCUCAGCACGGGUCACCACGAGUGCUACCUGCGUCCCGACACCCGCCUUCCCAUGAUGCAUAUCUCUGACUGCCAUCGUGCCACCAUAGAGUUCAUGCAGGCUCCCGAGAGCCAGCUGUCUCUGCGUACCUACAACAUCGCCGCCAUGAGCUUCACUCCAGAAGAGGUGGCGCAAGAAAUCCGCAAGCAUGUCCCUCACCUCAAGGUCACCUACAAUCCUGACUCAGUCCGCCAGAACAUCGACAGCUGGCCCGUGAGGUUUGAUGACACCAAUGCCAGGAGAGAUUGGGGCUGGGCAUCAGCCUUCCGACUCGAGGAGCUGGUGUCAGACAUGCUGCGCUCCAUUCGAGACAAGAGGACAACUGAGGGUUUGCCAGUCAGUUAGCGAAAACACUGCUCAACAAAGACUGCAACGCCUUGAUCAUGACUUUAUCUUCAGCCUGCAUUUACCAACGACACACUUACUUUCACUUCACUUUCAAAUGUUGUCAACCAGUAUCCUCCGUUACUCUGGGAUACUACAGCAAUGACCCAGGGACUGUUUAUAAAGUUAAGUAGGAAUCCUCAGUGAGAGGCUCUCAAUAUACAGUGAACAGUGAGAUGUCACACACACACACACACACACAUGCACUCAAAACACACACACACCCACAUCUCAGUCUUUUUCUGGGAAUAAGAUAUUGUCAAACUUCCCCUUAAUCUUUGUCGUUUUUAAUUGUGAUCAUAUUAGCAUCAUUUAACAUGUUGCCUCAGACAGAACAACAGAGGACUUCAAAGAUUUCCAAAUGUUAUGUGACUCGCAUCAACGGACCCAACAGUCUGUUACAGUGUCUAUGAAAAUGUCUAAUACAAUAUGGACCAGUUGCACAUUUAGAGUAACAAAUCUGUUGUACACUUUGAUUCAAGGACCAUCUGGAAUGGCUAACUCUGGACUGGAAUGACUCACCACGUCUUCUGGCUGUUUUUAAAAGCCAGUCUUUUAUAAUAUAGUCCAUCAAGUGAAUAUCACACACGGUAUAAAACCCCACUACCCUUGCAUCUAACGGGAAACCUUUAUUUUUCCAGCUGUGUGAUUUGAGUUAUGAAUGAGCACCUAUAACAAAUGAAGCCUUAUUUACUGUAGCUUGCUUUCGAAAGCAAUGCAUAAAGAAAUGCAGUGUACUUUGGAAUUAGACCGUGAUUAAUAAAAACAAUGUAUUUAUUCAAA